AUGAUAAAAAUACAUGCGUUUAAUGCUAAAUGGUACCCUCCUACAUCCGUAUUAUUUGUGGACUGGUUCCUUGAAAAAAAAUUGCUAAAGAAAAUUUACGGGCCCGAAAUAAAUACCGUCUAGUACUUUAGGAGUAGAAAACAUUGAAUGACAGCAUAUGUUGUGUUGGUCCCCUCUCCGUCUCCAUCUCCCCGGUCAUUUCAUUUUCACUGCAGCAUUCAUGCAUGCAUCGUACUCCACCUAGAGCACACGCCCUAGUGUAUUGCUAGUGUCUAGCGGUGGUGGAGGAGCCUCAAAUUUAUUUGCCUUUCCGUGCACACAACGCUCGAUUUCCUUGCGUUGCGUUGCGUUGCGUUUGCGUGUGUACGGCAAGGUGAAUUGAUGAGCCUUGCCCUACCCUACCUGCUGUCACUUUUUCUUUCUUUACUUUCCGUUGAACAAGCAAGAGCAGAGCAGCAGCAGCAGCUCGCCCUUCACUUUCCCCCCGAUCUCAAUUUUCAUCUCAUCUCAUCUCAUCCCAUCCACGCCAACGGAACGGACGGACCAAUCUCUUAAUUUCUUCUUCUUCGUCUUCUUCUUUCCGUGUCCGUCCACCAUUGCUUGUUUCUUUCUUUCUUUUUUUCUAUCCGCUCUGUCUUCUUCUUCUUCUCCUCCUCUUGGUGAUAGUGACAAUGUGGCUUGGGAUCUCCAACUCCAACUCCAAGCAAGGGCAAGCACAAGGAUCUGCAGCAGUGCUCGCCAUAGUUUGCGUAUGCACCAUAUCUUGCAUGUCGAUGCUGCCUCUCGCUGCAGCCACCAUCCAUCACGAAGGAGGUGCACAAGGAAGUGGACGCGGAGGAGGGAGCCCAAACCCAGCCAACUCGCUGGUGGCGCUGGUGAACGCCGACCGAGCAGCGGCCAAGCUGCCCGCCCUCCCCACCACCAAGGGCCUCGGCUGCAUGGCGCUGCAGUGCAUCGCCCGCUGCCUCGCCCUCUCCCCCGCCACCGCCUGCGCCGCCCACGGCACGCUCUCGCCGCCCUGCCAUCCGCCAGAGACGGACAUCACGCAGGUCUACGCCGCCAACUGCGGGGUCGAGCUGCCCACCGUCGACGUCAUCACCGGCCGCGUCCUAGGAUGCAGCCAGAGCAUCGAUGAGGCCGGCGCCAACGCGACGGCGACGGUCCGCAGCAGGGAGCACGCGCAGGUGGGCGCCGGCGUCGACCGCGGCGUCUUCUGGUGCCUCCUCUUCAGCAGCGGCAGCCCCAACUCCACCUUCAAGCUCGAGGCCGCCGGCAGGGGCAUCGGACAGGACCACGGCUGCUUCAGCGACCCCGACGUCGCCCUCUCCUCCUGCACCACCUCCAGCGCCGCCGCCCAACACCAAACAAGACGAGUCGCCGCCGGCUUCUUUGCUUCGACUCUGCUUCUUCGAUUCCUGCUGCUAUUCCUCCUUUAGCUCUAGCUCCAGUAAACUCUGUACCAACUGAAUUAUUAUUAAGCUAGCAGAGACAGAUAGAUACUACUAUUACUCUUGUAAUUUUCCUAUUCAAACAGUCAGUCAGUGAUGAUUUCUUUUCUUCCCA